AUGCAUGAUGUUUAUAUCAAAACCGAUGAUCAUCUUUUGGUCACAAUUGAGGAUCUUCUUGGUAAAAUAGUUUCUGCUACUAAAGUUGGGUUGUCCUUGGGGUAUGAGUUUGAAGAGAUAACAAAAUUAGAACACGCUUCAUUGACAUUACAGUGGAGCUUGAAAGCUGUCUUAUUGCUCCAGAGUUCCCUCGAUGAAGAUAUUUAUUUCAAUGCUGCUCUUAACAAUGACAGUUACAUGAUUGCGAGCUUUCAGUGGGGUUCUUACUCACUUGGGGUUUAUAACAUUGAUACUUUAAGCUUGGGAUUCUAUGAUGCAUUGCCGCCCUUUUCUUCCAAUAUCGACAUCGACUUCUCCAACAAUUUGUUUUUAGGUAUUCUUCUCCCAAUCACCAGUGAAUAUUUACCACUUUUAGGUGACCUCAAUCUCUCCAAUAAUCUCAUCAAUGGGACAAUUCCCUCAUCAAUUUGUAAUUUUGCUGAGAUGCAAGUUAUUGAUUUGUCUAGCAACAGACUCUUUGGUCAAGUUCCUGCAUGUUUUCCAUAUUUAGCGUCUCUCAUGUUUAUUAAUCUGGAAAACAACAAUCUAUCUGGAGAAAUCCCUGACAAACUGGAUUCUUUUAGUUUGCUUCUGGCAUUGCAUCUGGGAAACAACAGCAUCUCCGGGAGAAUACCGACAUCUUUAAGAGCUUGCAAGUCCUUGUUGAUCAUUGAUCUUGGAGGUAACAAACUGUCUGGUAACAUACCGUCAUGGAUUGGAGAAGCAUUGUCAUCACUGAGAAUUCUUCGGCUCCGGGCUAACAUGUUCGAAGGGAAAGCCACAUUCCCGAAGAACUUUAUUAUCUAA